AAGUUACUUUCUUUGUUUUUUCUUUAUGUAGGUGGAUCUUGAUUGGUUUUUGUUGAAAUGGGUGAUUUGGAGUUGUUGUAAUUUGUGAUUUGCUUUAUGGGUUUUGUGUCUUUCUGCAUUUCUUACACAUUUCAAAGUUCAUAACUUUGAGGGGGGGAGGAAAGGAGCAAUCUUGUUGUUAUGUUCUUGAAUUUGUGUUUGAUGGUUGGUAUAUGAUCAUGUAGAUAAAGUGUGUUUGGUUAUACUAAAAGAGAUUCAUUUUUGGGGGGGAAGUUAGUGUUGUGUUAUUACUAGUUAUUUUCCUAUGAUUCUCAGUACUUGACAAGGUCUGAAUGAAGUUACUUUUUGUUUUUCUGUUUUUAGGUGGAUCUUGAUUGUGAUAUCUAUCAUAGUAUGUUGUUUAUUGUGUUUCAAUUAUCGCACUAUUUGGUUGUUGUUUUGUUUUUUUUCUUGUAGACUUUGCACUGUUCCGUUGUUAGUUGCUAUUUUGCUUCAUUGUUUCCUUCUUCUUUGUAUCUGGAUUUGUUGCACUUGAGCCGGGGGUGUUUCGGAAAUAGCCUCUCUACCUCCUUGAGGUAGUGGUAAGGUCUGCGUACAAUCUACCCUCCCCAGACCUCAUUUGUGGGAUUUGACUAGGUUUGUUGUUGUUGUAGGUUGAUCUUGAUUGGUUUUCUGUGGUUUUUGUUGAAAUGGGUGAUUUGGGAUUGUUUUGAUUUGUGAUUUGCUUUAUGGGUUUUGUGUCUUUAUGCAUAUCUUACACACUUCAAAGUUUACAACUUUGAGCAAAAAAACACACACAAAAAGAGAAUCUUGAAAUUUGUUCUUCAGUUCUUGAAUUUGUAUUUGAUGAUUGGUAUAUGAUCAUGUAGAUAAAGGGUGUUUGAUUAUACUAAAAAAGAUUCAAUUUUUAUUGGGAAAAUGAGUGUUUCUUUGAGUGUAAUGACUUUUAUUCUCCUAUGAUUCUCUGUACUCAACAAGGUGUGAAGUCACAGUUGGAUUAUAUUCAGCAGUGCUUGCAAGGUUAUGAACAGUUCGGAAUAUCAAGGAAAGGAGCUGAAGACACUUCUGAUCAACACUGCACCAUAUUUUAUGACAAGGAUAAGGUCGAGCUUUUAGAAGGGGGAACGUUUUGGUUGUCUGAAUCACCUUCGGUGCCUGGAAGCAUGUCUUGGGGUUCUACAGCACCGUGCACCGCAACAUGGGCAACAUUUCAGUUGAAAGGAGUUGAGCAGCCGGGUUUUUCAUUUCAGAUUGUUAAUACAACCAUGGAUGAGUUCAGUCCCCGUGCACGAAGACGAGGUGCUUUGCUCACUUGGCAGCAUAUUGCAUCCUUGCCCCCGAGCUUAUCCGUCGUGUACUGUGGAGGAUUUAACACCCAAAAGGAAUCAACUACCGGCCGUUUUCUUCUUGGGAGAUCGAGAGAGCACGGAGUUGUCGGUGAUAUGAGAGAUGCUUGGCCAAACGCUCGUGUGAGGAAAAAUGUAUCCCUUAUACGCACGUAUCAUGGAUUCAAAGGUACUAAGCAAGGUCCAGUCGAGUUCCUCAAGUUAAUAUUCCGAGCACUUUGUCUGUGCUGGGAUCGACAAACUCAGGAUCUGCAUGUCGACUGGAUCCUUUUCAGAGGCAGAUCGUUGAUACCUGUCUCGUGUGAGGUGGUGAACGACAACAUUGAUGGCUUUUAUCCUUCUUCUCAUUAUCCUGUAUUCGCGGAGUUCAUGCUUCCUCGAUCAGUUAGACUAAUCGAAGCAUCCCCAGAAAACCGAAACUAAACUAUUCCUUCUUGAGGUUUUCGCCAUUUCACUUUCGUGCAUUGUUAUUUAUUGAUUGAUUGAUUUUUUUUUUCGUAAGUUGCUGAUAUAUGGCUAUUACAUUGUUCAACGGGCAGCCCCGUGCACUAUGCGCGGGGUCCGGGGAAGGGUUGAACUACAAGGGUUUAUUGUACGGAUGUAAAAUGGAUGAUUUUGUUGGUUAGAAUAUUGAACUAUGAUCUUGUUUCA